UGUUCACUAGAACGCACAGCAGCACACACACACACACACACACACACACACACACACACACGCCACCCAGAAGUCGCCGUGCUCGCCGCGUGCCGGGCACUUCACCGGAGCACAGCCGUCCGCGUUACCAUGACGACGUCGGGCAGGAGCCCGUUACUGGCGGUGAUUUGUCUGUGGAUGAGUUUUGGGAGAGCGUCCGCUUCUCUCACGGAGCCACAGGUCUGCUACGUGCUGGAUGGGAUCCUGUUCCUGUACGGCAUCAUCCUCACGGCUCUCUACUGCAGAAUCAAGAUCCGCAAUGCUAAGGAGGCUGCAGCGGAGAAAACAAAGGGCAAGAAGAAUCUUGAAGAGGGCGUCUACACGGGGUUGACUCCUCGUUCCCAGGACACUUAUGAAACUAUCGGCAUGAAAAAGUGACUCGUGAACGAAAGUCCACGAAGUGCACGUACCAGUGUUAGUUCCCCUUUUGCUUUUUGUAGAACGAGUGGUAAGUUAGGAGGGACGACACGGAAAUGGGGAAGUUGAGCCCUCAGAAAUGCAUACCGUUGUUCUAAGUUUUUCUUAUUCCAUUUUUUAAUAUUUUUUACAGCUCUGUUGCACAUAUUUAAUUGUGAAAACAGAGAUGCUUCAGUCACAUCUUGUAUCGUCAUUCAUAUAAACACACAAUUAAAUGUGGCGGAUGGAGUUUUUAUGUCCGGCGUUAGACAUGCCAACUAACUUCCUAACUUUAUUUGAAAGAUAUUAAAAGUAUUCUACUUGUGUGCAAGACGGUAGAAGAUGAAUUACAGAGAUACUGAGCAAUGUUUCCUACACACCACAGGAUGGCAGUGAUAGUGUCCUCACCUGUUCACACACCCCCACCCACACACACAAACACACACACACACACGGGAGUCUGAAAGAAAUCAAGAAUAACAUGCAGUGUAAAGAUUGCAAUGUAAACUGCUGCCUGUAGGAUGCAUAGAGCUGUUAUACAUAUGGAAAACCUAUUAAAUGUUCAACUUGCUUAUUAAGUAACUUUGUCUCUCUUUGAAUUUCCAUGUUAAAUUAAAGAAAACCUGAAUACAUUAUGUUUAUAUCAGUGGAGGUAGACCUCUGGUCGUCAUAAAAUAAGCUGACAGUGGUUUAGUAGAUUAGAUCUGUUAAAAAGUGUUUACGAUGUCACAAAUAAAGGAGAAAAGGAUUGAUGCGCAUGAUGAACUUUAUGAGGGGUUCUAGAUGAUUAAGUCAGGAUAUUAAAUGGCCCCGGGGCAGAUUUCUGUUUAUUCCCAUGAUUUGAAUUAUGAAAAUCCUUCAAAGUGUCUCAACCGUGCUCACCCGAAUGUGUGUAAUGAUCCCAAUUCAACAUUAAAACAUUACUUUUCCUCUUA